AUGAUGGCAUUUCUAAUCUGGGCCCAUAACCUGUUGAUAUUAUAUAUCCAACAGAAACAGCUUGUGAUUGGUGAAGAAGUUGACGAUGAUUCUUCAAAGACAUUCUACUGUGGUGGAUCAGUGACGUCCAUUGACUGGGCACCAACAAAUCAUGAGAAGAAUUUCUUAGCUGUUGCUGUUAACAACAUUGAAAUUGGAAUUAAAUUGGGUUUAAUUGAACCAUUAACAUCAUGUGUUCAACUUUAA